ACGCGUCCUCCUCUUCUCCUUUCCCCUAAAUUUCCUUCCUCCUUCCCUUUCCUUCUUCAUUGACCCCUACACCCUCUACAAUUAUAUGUAUAUAUUUAAUUAUCUAUAUAUAUACACAUAUGCUCAUAUUUACACUUAUUACAUGUUCAUAUGAUCUUGUCUUAAUUAGGCACAUAUUUUUUUCUUUUCUUGAGCUAGAUUAAGGACUGAAAUUAAUUCAUGGCUGAUGCAAAUAUGGGUGCCGGUGGAGGUCAAUUCCCUGAUUUUCCUUCGGUUUUAACUCACGGCGGACAAUAUGUACAGUUUGAUAUUUUUGGUAAUUUCUUUGAGAUCACUACCAAGUAUCGUCCUCCUAUUAUGCCUAUUGGUCGUGGUGCUUAUGGAAUUGUCUGCUCGGUGUUGAAUACGGAGCUGAAUGAGAUGGUUGCAGUUAAGAAAAUCGCGAAUGCGUUUGAUAUUUACAUGGAUGCUAAGAGGACUCUCCGUGAGAUUAAGCUCCUCCGCCAUUUAGACCAUGAAAAUGUAAUUGGUUUAAGAGACGUGAUUCCUCCACCCUUACGAAGGGAGUUUUCUGAUGUUUACAUUGCUACUGAACUCAUGGAUACUGAUCUUCACCAAAUAAUUAGAUCCAACCAAGGUUUAUCAGAGGAUCACUGUCAGUACUUCAUGUAUCAGCUCCUCCGUGGCCUAAAAUACAUACAUUCCGCGAAUGUUCUUCAUAGAGAUCUCAAACCGAGCAACCUUUUGCUAAAUGCAAAUUGUGAUCUUAAGAUAUGUGACUUUGGUCUUGCUAGGCCAAACAUAGAGAACGAGAAUAUGACGGAAUAUGUUGUAACCAGAUGGUACAGGGCACCAGAGCUUUUGUUGAACUCUUCAGAUUACACUGCUGCUAUAGAUGUUUGGUCUGUCGGUUGCAUCUUCAUGGAACUUAUGAAUAGAAAACCUUUGUUUGCUGGAAAAGAUCAUGUACAUCAAAUACGCUUGUUAACCGAGCUUCUUGGCACCCCAACAGAAGCUGAUCUUGGCUUCCUCCAAAAUGAAGAUGCAAAGAGAUACAUCAGGCAACUCCCACAACAUCCUCGCCAGCAGUUAGCAGAAGUUUUCCCUCAUGUGAACCCAUUGGCUAUUGAUCUUGUCGAUAAAAUGUUGACAUUCGAUCCUACUAGAAGAAUUACAGUUGAGGAAGCAUUAGAUCAUCCCUACCUUGCAAAGCUCCACGAUGCAGGUGACGAACCGAUCUGCCCUGUUCCAUUCUCCUUUGACUUUGAGCAACAAGGAAUAGGAGAAGAGCAAAUUAAGGACAUGAUAUAUCAGGAAGCUUUGUCACUGAAUCCUGAAUAUGCUUAAACAUAAGAGAAAUCAAUUCUUCUUCUCCUGUUUCCCCUUUGAUCUGGAGUAUCUACUUUCCUACUGUGGAUUUUCUUGCUCGGACCGAGCCACUCAAUGUUUUUGCUCACUGGUCAGUCCUUUGCGCAACUUGUAAUGUAAGGCAGCCUUCAAUGUGCAGCCAUCUAUAUAUCUUUUUUAUUUUUUAUUUUUAUUACGGUGCUGUCUGAGCUAGCUUGUGGGCACCUUGAUUAUUUCAUUGGAUAUUGCUACCUCCCGCCAGCACAACCAUUUAUAUCUCCCACUCAUUCUUAUGAUUUGUAUCUUGUGUGUUGUAUUCAGCUUAUUGUAGUCUGUAUUCUUUUUGUUCACUUUAUCAUGUUGUAUUAUGUACAGUGGAUUGUAUUGAGAAGUAACUUUUAGUAGCAUGGAAAAAGGCUAUCAAGAAUUUAUAGUCAUUUUCCUAUAAAUUGAGGUGUAUUUUUCUCUGUAUUAACUAUUCGUGCAUGAACUUCUAUGCUAAUGGAAUGUGUAGUGAAGA